UCCAGUUUCUUUAUGAUGUCCGAUCGCAAAUGGCUUACAGAUCCCGAUGAAUACAUCUGUACUCUUCCGGAAGAUACUCAAAAAAUUGCAAAAGAGGAGCUUGGAGAAGAUCCCAAUACUCGAAAUAAAACUAUCAAGGCAUUCCGAGAUUGGGUUGUCCAAAAUCCGCGAAUUAUUAAUUGCAGAUUAGAUUCCAGAUUUCUUCUCCGAUUCCUCAGAGGAAAGAAGUUUAGUCUUAAACAUGCUCAAGAUUCUCUCGAACGAUACCUUUUACUACGACAAACCUACGGGGUUUUGUUCAGCAGUUUGGACAUGACAAUUCCCAUGAUGGAGGAUCUUUUACAGUUAGGAUUUGGUUUUGCAUGUCCUAAACGAGAUCGCAAAGGAAGAAGGGUCAUUGUGGCUAGACCGGGGGUAUUUGACAUCUACAAGUUUACUAAUGCGGAUAUGGUAAGAUAUACUGGUAUAGUUUGUGAAACACUAAUGGAAGAUGAAGAAAAUCAAAUUAGAGGAUUCGUCUAUUUCGCCGAUGGAAACGGUGUUGGUCUCCAAUAUCUUACGCUGUUUACCCCUAAAGAAGCCGUCAGACUUGUAAAAAAUGGAGAGAAAACAGUUCCUAUGAGACAUAAGGAAGUUCACGGAAUUGGAGUACACCCGUCAAUGAAAUUUGUCCUAGAUUUUGGUUUUUCCCUAAUUUCAGAGAAAAUUAAGAAGAGGGUAAAAUUGUACAGUAACAUAAACGAAUUGAUAACAAGUGGAAAUUUUGACCCCGAGAUCUUGCCUCAAGAAUACGGAGGUAAAAUGCCCAUGGCAGAAAUGAUAGCCUUAUGGAGAAAAGAACUGGAAGAAUCACACCAAAGACUUCUAAAACAUGACGAGAUGGAAGUCAGAGAAGAGCUUUUCAGCCCGAAAGCUCGUGAAGGUGCAAUAUCUGCAUUAAAAAAGAAUGGCACCUGUGGCAGCGAAGAAGACCCCCUGUGUGGUGUUAUGGGAAAUUUCAGAAAACUUGAAAUCGACUAAACUUUAACUCCUUCACAAUAACACAAAUUAUA